AUGCAGCUACAUGCUCCUCCAGGGCGCUUCGCCCUCAGCAUACUUCACAAAUAUUCCGCCCCAAUUAUUACGUUAGCUGGGAGCGCUUUGCUCUGGCUGACGGCAUUCGUGGCAUUCCGACAAACGCUUUGGCGCGAUCCGCAUACGGCUUUCUUCCAGGACAAGACGGUAUACAAUCUGGGCUAUAGUCUGAUACGACAGGAUGAAGGGCGGUCGUUAAUCACAGAAGCUGAGCGCCAUCCGCCGGCGGCUUUGGACAGAUCUCGCUCGCCGGCUCCGGUCCUCUGCGCUGGAAUCACCACGUUCAAAAGGGAUAGGCAGUAUCUCAAUGAUACCAUCGGCUCCAUGCUCGCGGGGCUGACGCCGGAAGAGAGAAGUGCGCUCGAUGUCCGUGUGCUUUUCACCCACGCACAGCCAGAAAAGCACCCCGAUUGGAACAAGCAGUGGUUGGGUUUGGUGGACCAGUGGUCAGGUUACAACGUAUCGAAGGAACAACUGAAGCAGUUGCAGGAAUGGGAGGACAAAGCCGAUUAUUACGCAAAGGGCGUCUGGGACUAUGUCUAUAUGAUCCAGCAAUGCCUGCUGUCCGAGGCUCCCUACAUUGCCAUCUUUGAGGACGACAUCAUUUUCGCGGAUGGAUGGCUCUCCAAGACAUUUCAGGGCCUAGCCGAUCUACGCGACCAAACAUCCUGGCUAUACCUUCGCCUCUUCUAUACCGAGACCUCCCUCGGCUGGGAGGAAAACGUCGAUUUCUGGUACGGGCACAUGACCCUGACGUUCGGCCUGGCCAUGGUGUCAGGACUGCUGGUACUCCUCGUCCUACGUCGGCUGUCACGUCUCCGAAGGGUUAUGGACAACACAACUAUCGCCGUUCUCGUCCUGGUUACGAUACCUGCCUUCACCGCAUUGGUGUUCAUGGUCGGGAAAUACAACCUUAUGCCUCUGCAUGGUGUGGUGAAAAUGGACAAGUGGGGUUGCUGCACUCAAGCACUCGUGUUUCCUCGGAAUCAAAUCGACGGACUUCUUGACAUGCUUUCAACCAAGGCAGGGCAGACGGACUCGUUGAUUGAGGACUACGCGGAUGCCGCCAGUCUUCAGCGCUACGCGCUCGCGCCACAGGUUGUGCAGCAUGUCGGGCUUGUAUCAAGCAGGACCAACACAGAAUUGAACACCAAGAGUACUUGGGCUUUCUGGUUUGAGGCCCAAAACCCAGCUGCCUUGAAAGCUGAACACAAGCAGCUGGCAAAAGUGGGAAGUAUAUGGCGAGGAACGUCUACCUGA